GGAGAGACGUCCCACGCGACUCCCACGCUGGAGCUAUCACGUCGGCACGCGCUCGCUCAGAGCGGGAUGAGCGUCUUCUGACAUAAAACGGCUGUCGUCCGUGUUAACUGCAACGUUAUUGUGCAGCUGUCGAGCCACUGCAGGUGACGUGUUCUUUGUGCCUUAACACUUCGCCGGUCUUGGGACACAGUCGGCGCGCGAUAUGGCUGCGCGGCGGCUUUUGGCGCUUUUACUUCGCGCCGCAUCACUGCUCGCGAGCGCGCGCGCCUUUACCGAAAUGCAAGUGAUUGACAUGCUGACACUUCAUGAUACCAAGCAAAGCACAGAGGCAGUGGAGAAGGUAGCUGGAGCCAUGAGCACGGUCAGUGACAUCUACAUUGUGUCCACUUUCCGCCUCCCACCCAAACUUGGUGGGGUGCUGCUGGGUCUGUAUGACAAGCAGGACAACAAGAAGUACCUGGAGCUGGCCAUCAUGGGCAAGAUCAACAAAGCACUGGUGCGCUACCUGCGGGAGGACGGCAAGCUGCACACGGUGAACCUGCAUGGUGCCUUGCUGGCCGAUGGGCGAACCCAGUCCAUUAUUUUGCGAUUGGGAGGGCUUCGCCGCGAUAACCUGCACCUAGAGCUCUAUGUCAACUGCCGCCUGAUGGACUCUAGCCAUGGGCUGCCCUCUCUGGUGCGCCUGCCCCCAGAUGGGGAGUCAGUGGACAUCCGCAAUGGCCAUAAAGCCUAUGCCAGGCUUCAGGGUUCUGUGGAAUCACUGAAAAUGGCCCUUGGUGGCACAGUGGCCAAAGCAGGUGUCCUGACAGACUGUCCAUUCCAGGAAGAUCCCUCACUGCCCAACUCUGUGGCUGGUGAUGUGAACUCCAUCCUAGGUGACCACACCAAAGCCCUGAUUGGACAGCUGAUUAUCUUCAACCAGAUCCUGGGAGAGCUGAGACUGGACAUCCGAGAACAGGUGAAGGAGAUGUCUCUGAUCAGGAACACCAUCCUAGAGUGCCAAGUGUGUGGCUUUCAUGAAGCCCACUCUCGCUGCAUGCCCAGCCCUUGUUACAAAGGCGUCCACUGCAUGGAGACAUUAGAGUACCCAGGGUACCGCUGUGGGCCCUGCCCCGAAGGAAUGGUGGGCAAUGGCACCCACUGUGAGGAUGUCAAUGAGUGUGCCCUGGCUCAGCCCUGCUUCUCCACAGCAGCGUGUGUCAACACGGCCACGGGCUUCAGGUGUGAGCCAUGCCCACCAGGCUUCUCCGGGCCCCAACUCAGUGGUACGGGAGCGGAAUUUGCCAAGAGCCACAAACAGGAGUGUACAGACAUUGAUGAGUGUGCCCAUGUAAACAACACCUGUGUCCCCAACUCUGUUUGCAUCAACACUGUGGGUUCCUUCAAGUGUGGUCCGUGUAAAGAGGGAUUUACUGGUAACCAGACGACAGGCUGCUUCCCCAGGAGGUCCUGCUCCAUGCUCAGCUAUGAGCCCUGUGACAUCAAUGCCCACUGCCACAUCGAGCGGAACGGGGAGGUGUCCUGUGUGUGCAAUGUGGGCUGGGCAGGGAACGGCAACACCUGUGGGCCAGACACCGACCUUGAUGGCUAUCCUGAUGAGUCUCUUCCCUGCAUAGACAACGACAAGCACUGCAAGAUGGACAACUGCAUUCACACACCCAACUCGGGACAAGAGGACACAGAUAACGAUGGGAUUGGGGACCAGUGCGAUGAGGAUGCUGAUGGAGAUGGAAUCAAGAAUGUGGAGGACAACUGCCGACUGGUGCCCAACAAGGACCAGCAGAACUCAGACACGGAUUCGUUUGGUGAUGCCUGUGACAACUGCCCUAACGUACCUAACAGUGACCAGAAGGACACAGAUGGCAAUGGGGAGGGAGACAUCUGCGACAAUGACAUUGACGGGGAUGGGAUUCCCAAUGUCCUGGAUAACUGCCCCCGAGUGCCCAACCCCAUGCAAUCAGACCGUGAUGGGGAUGGGGUGGGCGAUGCCUGUGACAGCUGCCCUGAAUUCAGCAACCCUAUGCAGACGGACGUUGACAAUGACCUGGUGGGGGAUGUAUGUGACACCAACAUUGACAGUGAUGGGGAUGGUCACCAGGACUCACGGGACAACUGCCCGGAAGUACCCAACAGCUCCCAGCUUGACUCAGACAAUGAUGGGAUUGGUGACGAAUGUGAUGACGACGAUGAUAAUGAUGGCAUCCUGGAUUUUGGAAGCCCUGGCCCUGACAACUGCCGCCUCAUCCCCAACCCCAACCAGAAGGACUCAAACGGUGAUGGUGUAGGGGAUGUUUGUGCCCAGGACUUUGACAACGACACAGUGAUGGAUGCAGUAGAUGCGUGUCCCGAGAGCGCUGAGGUCACCGUGACCGAUUUCAGGGCUUUCCAGACUGUCAUCCUGGACCCCGAUGGCGAUGCCCAGAUUGACCCCAACUGGGUGGUGCUGAAUCAGGGAAUGGAGAUUGUCCAGACCAUGAACAGUGAUCCUGGUUUGGCAGUGGGUUACACAGCCUUCAACGGAGUCGACUUUGAGGGCACAUUCCAUGUCAACACGGUGACAGAUGACGACUAUGUGGGCUUUAUAUUCGGCUACCAGGACUCAUCCAGCUUCUAUGCAGUGAUGUGGAAGCAGACAGAGCAGACCUACUGGCAGUCUCUGCCCUUCCGAGCUGUAGCAGAACCAGGCCUGCAGCUUAAGGCAGUGAAAUCUCGCACAGGUCCAGGGGAGUUCUUGCGUAAUGCCCUGUGGCACACCGGUGACACACCUGGCGAGGUUAAGCUGUUGUGGAAGGAUCCCCGCAAUGUGGGGUGGAGGGACAAGACAUCCUACAGGUGGCAUGUGAGCCACCGCCCCCAGGUUGGCUACAUCAGGGUGCAGCUGUAUGAAGGCAUGGCACUGGUGGCUGACUCCGGAAUGGUGAUUGACACGACUAUGAGAGGCGGGCGGCUGGGGCUCUUCUGCUUCUCCCAGGAGAGUAUCAUCUGGUCCAACCUACGCUAUCGAUGCAAUGACACUUUGCCAGACAACUUUGACUCAUACCACAAGCCGGUCCAGAUGAGCCUCCACGUAAAGGGAACUUAGUGAGGCUACAGCAGAUCAACAGCAUCGCCUGAAUAGAAACUCAAGAGCAGCAGUAGCUGGGAAACUAUGUAUGUGAUAGGUGUGUAUGCAUUUGGGGAUCUGUGUGUGUGUCACCCCAUGUUUGUGGCGUGUUUGCUGAAUCUCUGUGUGUAGUGUGUGCACACAUCUGUAUGUAGUAACUGUAUGUACAUGUGUAUGUCUUGAUAGAAUGGAUGUUUGUCAACCUGUGUCUGAUUAUCAUGGAUGUACUCGAAUGGAGGUGCAUGAAUGGAGAAUGUAGGCAACACACAUUUGUGUAAAUGUGUCGACAUGGAGUGUGUGCUUCUGUGUACUUCAGGGAGGAACCACGCUGACAAUCUGUUGCAUUGUGGGAUAUUAGAAACAUUAACUCCCUCAGUUUGACUCUUUGUUACAACAUCAUGAAUCAUACUACCGUAAUUCCAAUUUCUCUCUAUAAAGAUUAGUCCCUUGCUGUCGUGCCUUUUAGUUAUAACUAAAAAGGAGUGAACUGAGCUAUGUCCAAACUGGCUCUGUAUUUCUAUUUAAAGAACAGAAACAAAGCUGAUUAAACAAUACCUAAGCUAUUAACAAUUGACAACGUAAAAAUUUAAUACCACCAAAUGUGAUGUUUAAUUUUUGUAACUGAGACAGAUACAGACUUCUGUGAGCAGAGUGUACAUUUCACUAAAAUAUGGAGGUAACUGGAAUGUACAUCAGAUUUUCAAAUCAAUUAAUAAUUGAAUAAUACCUAAUAAAAUCUUAGUACCUUAACUGUUCCCACAUGUGCUUGAUUUGCAGUAAAAAAUUUCCUGGAAAAAUGCAGGAGCCCACAAUGAUGUGCAUAAGUAGAUUUGUGACCCUUUAAAAUCUGUGAAUAUACUUAUAUAUCACUGAGCAAGACUGUUAACCUGAAGUAUUUUAGUAGUUAUGUCCUAUUAAAACACCUGCUAUGAGAGGACUACAGAGAUCCUGCUCUCCUCGAUUUCAGCACAAAGCUUCUCCUUCAGUGUGAUUUCUGGCUUACGGUCACACAUUGCAGCUCGUAGCUACAGGUUAUACUGUCACUGUUUAAACGUUUGUGUGAAGUAUCAAGCUGUUGUUUUCUUCCUCUUGUUGGACGGACACAGCAGAUCUAAGGCUGACAUGCAGCAAAUUUCAAUACAGAUUUAGUCUAAAAGACAAAGGCUUAUUUUAAUAUGGACAAGUUGUGAAGGCAUUUUGGAGGAGUAAAGUGUAAUUAAAUAAAAUGCUGGUCUGCUCCCUACUAGACCAACAAAUACAGCUGAUAUAAAUUCUUACAGAGCAAACUUCUUUACAAAGAAGAAGCAGUUUACCAACACACACCAGCAUCACAGAGACUUCACUGCUCCAUAAUUCAGGUAGAUUUCCAAAAACAGCACAAUACUGCAGACACACAGUGCCAGUCAAAAGUUUGAGUACAUGGGUUAGAAACUUUCUCCACAGUCAUUCCCUUAAUAAGCUUGAGCAGGAAACCAGCCACCAUGUCUUCCCAGCUGUUCUGCAACCAUUCUCAGUUAUGUAGGAGCCUGUGGGUUGCUUUGCUUUGACUUAUGCCCAUUUUGUCCAUACAGGUGUUGUUCAGAUUGUUCAGGUAUAUGCACACUUUUGACUGGUACUCUAUAGUGCUCUUCUAUAUCUGAAGAUAACCCAACUACCCCACUAAAUACCUUAUGGAUUUUUGCCACUGCCGAAACCACUGUGACCUUGGGACACUGUCUCUUGGACCCAGCUGGGGG